AUUUGACGUAAGACGUGAGACGGACUGUUUCUGUGAAAUUUGGUAUUCUCAAAGAUGGCUGCAAAAAGAAUAACAUCUUCUGCUGUAAAUUGGGCGGCUCUUGCCGAGCGUGUUCCACCUGCCCAAAAACCCAAUUUAAUGGCCUUCAAAGUAAAAAGUGACGGAUAUAUGAGGAGGGUUGCAGCGAAUCCGGAAAAUCCACCAGCUUUAGAUUGGAACUUUUAUAAGAAGUUUGUGAGUGUGCCUGGAAUGGUAGCCGAAUUUCAAAAACAAUACGAGUCUCUGAAAGUCCCAUAUCCAGCCGAUAAUUACACUUCUAAAGUUGAUGAACAAGAACGGCAGGUCAAGGCAGAAAUAGAAACUUUCAAAAAGGAGUCUAAUGAUCGUAUUACAAAAUAUCAAGCUGAUAUGGAAAGGCUUAAGGCUUUGUUGCCAUAUGAAAGCAUGACAUUGGAAGACUUCCAUGAUGCACAUCCUGACUUGGCUUUGGAUGCUGUUAACAAACCAACGUUCUGGCCCCACACUCCAGAGGAACAAUUGGGAUACCAAUCCAAAGAUCAAGUAGAAGCUCCUUCUCAUUAAAUAAAGUAAAAACUGCUUAUUGUAGAUUUAUCAAAUCAUUGUAUUUGUAAAAGAAAUUAAAAAUAAAACUAUUCAAAAUGUAAAACUUAAA